AUUCGCCGCAUCGAGUACGUGCAUUCGAAGAACUUCAUCCACCGCGACAUCAAGCCCGACAACUUCCUCGUGGGCCUCGAGGCGAAGAGCAACCAGGUUAACCUCAUCGAUUUCGGUCUGGCGAAGAAGUACAGGGACUCGCGAUCGCACGUGCACAUCCCCUACCGGGAGAACAAGAACCUCACCGGCACGGCCCGCUACGCCAGCAUCAACACACAUCUCGGCAUCGAGCAAAGCCGAAGGGACGACCUGGAGGCCAUCGGCUACGUGCUGAUGUAUUUUGCGCGGGGCAACCUGCCCUGGCAGGGGCUCAAGGCCACCACCAAGAAGGAAAAGUACGAACGCAUCAGCGAGAAGAAGAUCACCACCUCCGUCGAGCAGCUCUGCAAGGGCUUCCCCGCCGAGUUUGCGACGUAUUUGAACUAUGCGCGGUCGCUGCGGUUCGACGAUACGCCGGACUACACGUACCUGCGGAAGCUCUUCCGGGACCUCUUCAUCCGCGAGGGCUUCGAGUACGACUGCGUCUACGACUGGGACCUCGUCGAGCGCAAGAAGCGCGCCAUCCCCCAGAGCAUCGACGGCGGGAGGGACAGCAGCACCCAAACACAACAGUCCCAGCGGAUGGCCCUGGCCAGGCGGGCCGAAGACCGACGCGACAGGACGGGGCGGAGGAACGGCGGGCGGGCGGGCGGCAUGCAGCGGGCGGCGAGCGACACGGACAAGCACGGGAAGCCCGGCGAGUCGCGGGGAGACAACGGGACCAUCAAGAAGGCCGCCGACAAGAACGCGCCGAGCGACGGCUCCACCCGCUCCACCUUCAUUCGCAUGGCCACCAUUGGGAGACCGCGUCGGAACCCGGAGGACGGCGAGAGGAAGAACCGCGCCGCGCAGAGAGGCAGUAGAGAGGCCAAACGCCCCGGCGAGUCAAAGAAGGCACAUGCUGAGAAGAGAUGUGAGGACCACCAUUGGGCGCGCGCUGCUCUGCACCAUCGGUGCGAGCGAGAGGCUGGGUGGCGUCGUCGGACCGAACCAUGUCAAGCUGGCGGCGUCCGCCGCACGCGCGCGGCGGGCGUGGAUCGAUGGGCGGACGUCGCUGGAAUGCGUUUGAUGGCUCGAAGCGGGCGUCGCGGCGUGUGUGCGUCGAGAGGGACUGGAAUGGAGGAAUGUGGAUAUUGA